CUCCCCCGGCCCCUGUAAUUCCCACCAGCCCCCCCGCUCGCCCACAAACAUACCCCAGGCCCCGAGAAGCCCUGGGAAGCGAUCCCGCAGAGGGCGGGGAGAAUCCCCUCGGCGCGGGAUUGAGACUAUUCGUGACAGGUCCCGAAACGUACGGAAGUCGGACUCACAAGCAGGUAUAAAUGGUAACGCACAUCCACUGCACAAGGUACGCUCACUAUUCGCCAAUUACUCUGGACCAUUUUACUUCCCGUGAACCUCAUUCAUCGGAAAACUAAUUUGAUCGUCGGAGUGCCCUCGGGGACGACCUCGGGGCUCCCCUGCGAGAUCAUUCUCUUGUUCACUUUGCAGGUUUGUGACACGCUCUUCUCAUCAGCACGCCGAGCUCGUCAGGUCAGCUCGGUCCGGGCAAGUUCAUUGCUUCUUCAAUGGCUAAAAACGACGUUUAAACUCAAUUGCAUGCUGUCAAAGUACAAUGUCAAUUGUCAAGCAACCUAAGCAGUGAGGUCACGUUAGGGACUGGGACACGUUUUUCUCAAGGUCCGCCGACGAGAAGCGUCCAAGCUAAUUUACCUGUCUUAUUCACUGGGAAAAAAAAAAAAAAAGAAGAAGAGAAGAGCACCUCGUACUUCCUCCUACCUAGGUAAUUGAAUAGGCACGUUUGGACUCUGGAGGAGCCACAGUUUUUAAUCUAUUUAUUAUGGAAAGAAGAUGUGAGAAGAAACAGCCAGAGUGAGCGUCAGUGCCGGGCAUCAGCAGAAUUGUAAGCAUAUCCAUUGUUGGAGUUGGAAAACUACAGUUACUCCGCCAAGUAAAGAGAUGACAGAACAUGUUAGGCCAAGCUGCUCAACUGGGAAGCUGCGCAUUCUCAUUCGAUCCUCUCUCUUCAGCUACCUGAUUUUGCCGCUAGUUCUUGUGCAAUUAUGUUCAAACCUUGCUUCGGCUGGUUCCCCUGUUAAGUUUCUCCCAGGAUUCGAAGGACCUCUGCCAUUUGAACUCGAAACCGGGUAUAUAGGAGUUGAUGAAUCAGAGGAUGUGCAGCUUUUCUACUACUUUGUCAAGUCAGAGUCCAGUCCUGAAACAGACCCUCUUGUGCUCUGGUUGACUGGAGGCAAUUGCUGCACCUCAUUCUCUGGGCUUGCUUAUGAGAUAGGGCCAAUAAAAUUCGAGCAAGUGCUGUACCAUGGGACUUUGCCCAAGUUGCUGUUAAAUCCCUAUUCUUGGACUAAGGUGGCAAGCAUAAUAUUUGUCGAUUUGCCAGUGGCAAGUGGUUUUUCUUAUGCAAGGACUGCAAAAGCUUCUCAGUCCACAGUUUUACAAGCCUGUAACCAAGCCUACGAAUUUCUUAGAAAGUGGCUGGUUGAUCAUCCAGAGUUCAUUUCCAGUCCAGUCUAUAUUGGUGGAGACUCGUACUCAGGGAUUACUGUACCAAUUGUCACUCAAAUUAUAUCAGAUGGAAAUGAGGUCGGUAUUGAGCCACUUAUCAAUCUUAAGGGAUACAUACUAGGAAAUCCUUCCACCACUCCAGGUGAUGGAAACUAUGCAAUCCAAUUUGCUCAUGGGAUGGGGCUAAUUUCUGAUGAGCUCUAUGAGUCCUUGAAGCUUUCCUGUAAAGGAGAAUAUCGAAACAUAGAUCCCAGCAAUGCCCCCUGCUUGCGAAAUAUGCAGGCAUACAAUCAGUUACUUAGUAACAUUAACGAGGGACAUAUUCUGGAGCCUGACUGUCCUUAUGCUUCCCCAAAGCCAAACAAUUUAUUCACUGGCAGGAGAUCAACUAUUCAAGUGUUCUGUAAGAAGACUCGAGAGCUGAAAAUUCAGGAACUUUCUGCACGAUUUACGUGUCGUAUGGAUGGAUAUAGACUUGUUUAUCAUUGGGCUAAUGACGAGAGUGUUCAAAAGGCCCUCCAUGUCCGGAAGGGGAGUAUUGGAGAAUGGAUAAGAUGCAACUGUCGCUACCCGUAUAUAAGGAAUAUAGGAAAUAGUUUGCCAUACCAUGCAAACCUCAGCAUUAGAGGCUACAGAUCUCUGAUAUACAGUGGUGACCAUGAUAUGCUUGUGCCACAUUUUGCAACUCAAGCAUGGAUAAAAUCUCUUAAUUAUUCCAUAAUAGAUGAUUGGCGCCAAUGGAUUCUACAGGGCCAAGUUGCCGGUUAUACGAGGACCUACGCAAAUAAGAUGACGUUUGCAACAGUAAAGGGAGGAGGCCAUAUUCCUCCUGAGUACAAGCCUGCUGAAUGUCAAGCAAUGUUUGAAAGGUGGAUAUCUCAUCAGUCUCUAUAAGCAAAAGGUCCAGUCCUAAGUAUGGCUGCAACUUGCAUCCCAAACUUCGCUGUCUAAGUUAUGUUUAUUUUCAAGGGGCUGCUUUCUUAUCAAAAUAGACUGAAAAAAGAACACAAAUAAAAUGUAGUCGAAGCUGGAGUCACCAAGAGGUGAGGUAGCGCGAGGUUGGAGUUCUAAACUAAGCAAGCCCUGCAAUUCCUUUAUAGAUUAAUUAACAAGACGUGGAUAUGAAGCACGUCUUAUCUAUGCAAAGAAUUUCCAGAUUGUGCUGAUGAUAUUCGUUGAUUAACGCUCUGCUUUAUUCAGCCAAAUAUUGCUUGUAAUCGGUUACGGCUUGAAAGUUGGAACUGGGGAUCAUGCAAUUCAUAUGAUCAACUGCCAAGAGGCUUGUUGAGCAUUUAUAAUUUGCGAAAGAAGGUUGGUAUAGAGCUGCUGCUUUGUCCUUUAUCA